AUGGCAUCUCCUGCUGCACUGCCUCCGUUACCAUUCAACCCGUCCAGGGUCCGAUCAUACGUCCUUCGACUGCCGCUCUUUACGCGCCUCGUAAUCCUGGCAAUACUUGUGUUCUGGCUGCUCGAGCUCCAGACAGUCUGGAGCGUUGUGCAAUGGGGCGCUCUGAUACCAGACGAGCUGGGAUUGAAGACUAUGUACCGGACCAACACCUACCCCUUCAUCCACAACGGCUUUUUCCACGCUUUUCUUAACCUGCUUGCGCUGACACCGCUACUUGAGCGCUUCGAGGCUGAGCACGGAACUCUGACGGCCAUUGCGUUGUUCAUGGGUCCUCUUUCUACGUUCCCCGCGGGACUUUAUGUCUUGAUUGAGAAGUUUAUUCUGCAUGGUAAUACCUGGGUAGUUGGAUCGAGUGUGUGGGUGUUCCUUCUUUUGGGCUCUGAGGCUAUCAGGACGUUCAAGUCCAACCCUUACUUCAGUCUGGGAACUACCAAAAUCCCUACGUGGACUUCGCCGCUGCUGAUAUGCGCACUCGUCUGGAUCCUGAUUCCCAACAACAGCUUCCUCGGGCACCUUUGCUCUAUCUUGAUUGGUUAUCUCCUUGGCCUCGGUUACCUGAAAGUUCUUGUUCCCCCGGAGAAGGUUCUAAGAUUCAUCGAGGGAAAACUGAAUCUCCUCGGAAGACUGCCACACUACGUCUCAGUCGAUCAGAAGACCUACGGCCGGUUCGGUGUUCUUCCUACUAGCGGCGCCCCUGCGGGCGAACGAGGAACGCCGAUGAGCUUCAUGUCAGGGUCAUCGCAGCGUCUGGGCUCUUGA